CCGCGCGCUGCGUGUAUGGAGGAAGCAGCUGCUGAUCUGAUCUCUGACAUUGUGCGAGACAGACCUCUGAAUAAACUGCCCGCAGACGUGUCUUUAAACGCACCGCACCGGGACACGCCGUGCAUGAUUACCUCUUUGAUUUAAUGGGUCCAAUCAUUGGGAUGUCACCAGAUAAGAAAACGGAAAUUCCGGGUAUGCAAGAGGAGCGGACGGGGCUCAGAGGUGUUUGCGGCGUGGGAACACUGCCCGAGGCAGAGUGUGCAUCCAGUCCACUGGCAACUAGUGUGGAUCGCUCGGGUGGCACUGAGGAUGAGGAGCUCACUAACCUCAACUGGCUUCACGAGAACCUGCUUCAGAACUUCACUCUGGGGGGUCCUGAAGCUCAGCCAAGUGGCAGUCCCCUCUUCGACAUAGAGGGCGACUACGGGUCAAACCAGGGCCCAUCCUCUUCUUCCUCGUCUUCACCGCACGGCAGGAGCAGGGAGCGGGACUCGUUGAAGUCGAAGCCCCCUUUCUCAUUUUCCCUGCUCAUCUACAUGGCUAUAGAGCAGUCUCCCAGCAAGUCCUUGCCAGUUAAAGAAAUCUACGGCUGGAUUCUCGAGCACUUCCCUUAUUUUUCCAAUGCCCCAACUGGCUGGAAGAAUUCAGUUCGCCACAACCUGUCCUUGAACAAAUGCUUCCGCAAGGUCGAAAGGAGUUUGGGAAAGGCCAACGGAAAAGGUUCGCUCUGGUGCGUCGACCCCGAGUACCGCCCCAACUUAAUCCAAGCCCUUAAGAAGCAGCACUUCCCAGCCGCACAUGCCUUCUGCACACCACCCGCCUCCCCACCCAGUGCCUCCUCACCCCCACGCCAUCUCUUUCUACAAGGUUGCUCAUUCAAAGAGUCUGACAUUGAUGCUGCCACUGCCAUGAUGCUCUUAAACUCUGCCCCUGGGCACCACGUUGACCCAUGCAAUUCUGACGGCCCGCUGGACCUGUCCCGACCCGACUCUGUUCUGGUGAGCAGCGAUCCAAAGCAGGACCACAACUACAGCAGCGUCGCUCUGCAGCGCUGCUCCUCCCGCUCCUCCUCCUCUUCCUCCUCCUCCCUCUCCUCCCUGGACGAAGGAGGCUGCGAACGCAGGCAGUCCCGUCGCGCCGGCAGCGAGGGCUUCCACAGCGAUGAAGAUUCCGACCUCUGGGAUGAGAGGGGCGUCCACCAGACCUCGCGGUGUCCACCUGCCAUCAAGUGGCCCGCCGGCAAGAGGGCGCGGCGCGAAGUGAAGGUGGAGCUGGACGAGGAGCUGAAGGAGGCGGCCGGGUCCCUGCUGCACCUCGCCGGUAUACGUAGCUGCACAGAGGGAUCCAAACGCACUGUCAAGAGCACAAAACUUAACAGGAAAUAAAGUUUCUUUUGCCCCCCCCCCCCCCGUAAGACUCCAGACCCCGUGAACCCUAACCUCUGACCCCUGCUCAUGUGUCCCAGUGUGCCUCCUUCUCCUUACCUGAUCGUUCAUUGGCCAUUUUGAGCCUUUUUUUUUUGUUUGGGAGUAUCUCUGUCCAACAAAACAAAUGGCAAUAGUAUCGUUCACACAGGAGAACAAAGCCAUAUAGAGUAACUCGGGGGUAACUCCUGGGGGUGGGUGCCUGGGCUAUGGAGAACCAUCAAGAUUCCUAUCCAAAACAACCUGCCUACAUCUGUUGGAUAAGAAGAUUGUGAUUCAAGAAUUUUCCUCUCUGAAAGACAAAAACGGGGAAAAAAAAAAAGCUGAAGCUUUUCUAACUCAAGGCGUUGCAUGCUUCCUCCUCAAACCUGUAUCCUCUUCCAAGUGAAUCUAUUUAUGAAGCGAAUGAGUGCAUGUUUGUAACAGACAAAAAUCUAACCUCCUGGUGUUCAUUUUCUCCUUUUUGUGCUAAAGAAGAAAAAAAAAAAAGUUGCCACUGUUUGAAAAGCAGUCCUUGCUCAACGAAUCCUCUUAUAAGAGAGAUGCAAUAAUUAAUCCACAACCUUAACUUUGACAUUAUUCCUUGGUGGCAUUUUUCCGAGUUGAGUAUGCUAGUUAAACUUUACAAUUAAGAUAAUGAAUGGAGUAGUAUUAUCAUCUUGUUAUGCGAUAAACUUGCUACACACAAGCUACGGCUGUGUUUCAGGAUUUGCAGGAUGUGGGAAUAGUAUUACUCUGCCACUGCCAAAUUUAGUUGCAAAGUUAGCUACGGUACUGAGCUCAGUUCUGUGCAGCCAUCACCUUACAAACUGUCUUCUUUUUUCUUUCACUUGUCUGUUUUUCUUUUGUCGCUGCUCAUCCCGUCGAUCCCCGUCACUCAUUGUGUCAUACGUUCAUGUUUGCUGACAGCCUAUGCAAAGUGAACAUCUGCCCUAAUCUGCCACAUGUUCACUGUGUGCUCAUAGGUUAUCUGUAGAUCUUUUUCAGUUUUUUUUUUUUUUUUUUUUUUGCGUGUGUAUCGCAGUGCAUGUCCACUUCAGUCUGAACCUGAGAUGAAAAGACGCGUCUCUACUACUACUGAUGAAUAAGGCUCCGGUGAAUAUUAAUUUACUGAUGUGGCGACAGAUCUGCUGUUGGGUUGCUUGGUGCUCUGCUUGCUUCUGGUGCUUUUGAAUGCAGACCUGGUUAAAAAGUAAGGACCAGGAGUGGUGGGAAAUUACCACGGCGUCACGCUCUUUGUUUGGGUUUGGAGUUUGAUUAUAUCUCUGUGUGCUGUCCGUGCAUUUUGCGUCAUGGACGGAGGAAAUUGCUAAAUUGUGUAGACCAUUAUUUGCUGAAUGUGGAUAGUCACACAACUUGAUCGAAGACGUGUCUGAUUUUGGUUCACUUGUUCGAAGAAGUGUCUGAACGGAGCAUAAUCAACUGUAGGGAAGGCGAUGGUGUAGCCACGGCCAGGAAGGAGUGAUCUUUGUAUGUGCAGUCGCCUGCAUGGUGAGAUGUUGAAGACCUGCUGCUCUCAUGUUGUGCCCUCAGUUCUGGCUGACUGCUGGCGUUUUCGUCCUUGUUCUUCCUGCUAGAACAAAAUAAGGAAGCGCCCGCUCUCUUCUCAAGCUGUGAAACGGAGUGUUUAUUAUCAGUUGAUUACAUGCAGUUUGCUGAGGGGAAGUUGCACUUGUACCAUAGUUUUCAUUUGAGCUCUUAAAAAAAAAAAAAAAAAAAAAAAAGCUGCGUGGCAGCGCACAUUACAGCGUAGCG